AUGAGCUGUCUAGAUGUUUUGUACUAAGUCUACGGUCCUCACCAGCCUUACUUCGCAGCCGCCUACACCCCCUACCACCAGCUGCUGGACCAGAAGCUAGCUUAUUACUCCAAAAUGCAGGAAGCCCAAGAGUGCAACGCCAGCCCCAGUGACAGCAGUGGUAGCGGCAGCUCCUCUUUUUCCAGCCAAACCCCGGCCAGUAUAAAGGAGGAAGAAGGCAGCCCGGAGAAGGAGCGCCCACCAGAAGCCGAGUACAUCAACUCCCGCGGCGUGCUCUUCACGUAUUUCCAGGAGGACAUCAGCUCCGUGGUGGACGAGCACUUCAUCAGGGCCCUGAGCCAGCCUAGCAGCUACACCCCAACCUGUACAAGCAGCAAAGCACCGAGGGGGUCUGAGCCCUGGUGGGGUGAGUAUCGGGCUCCACUGGCAAAGGACAAGGAAGAGCCCUCUCAGCCUGGGGUCCGCCUAGAGGGGCUCAAGGAGAUGCAGCUGAAAGAACACUAG